AUGAUGUCCAUGUCCAUGGUGGGCACAGACAGCGUGGCCAAAGUGACCGAGUGGCAGCAGACGUACUACACCUCAGACUCAGGCAUUCAGUCAGGGGCCACCACGCUCCAGGAUGAGGAGAGUAGCCAGCCUCAGCCCACAAGCACCUCAGCCGGGUCAGCCUGCUCCAACCCUCAGCUCUCACUGACCCGAGCACAGAGGGUCAGAGCGGCCAUGUUUCCAGAGACGCUGGUGCCCGGAGAGGGAGUCCCAGAGGGGCCCCAGAGCCACGUGCAGCGCCUGGCCGAGCCCUCACAGCUGCUGAAGAAUGCCAUCGUGCACCUGAUCCACUACCAGGACGACGCAGAGCUAGCCACCCGCGCAGUGCCCGAGCUCACCAAACUGUUGUCGGACGAUGACCCGGUGGUGGUGAACAAAGCUGCCCUGAUAGUGAACCAGCUGACCCGAAAGGAGGCGAGCCGGCGCGUCCUGGUGCAGUCUCCUGUCCUGAUGGAGGCGCUGGUGCAGGCCAUGACAGCAGCAGUGGAUGUGGAGAUGGCCCGGUGCGCCUGCAGUGUGCUCCACAGUCUGUCCCACCAGAGAGAAGGACUGGAGGUCAUCUUCAAAUCAGGAGGCAUCCCCGCUCUGGUCCACAUGCUCAGCUCGCCAGUUGAAUCAGUGUUAUUCUACGCCAUCACCACACUCCACAACCUCCUUUUGCAUCAGGAGGGAUCCAAGAUGGCGGUGCGGCUAGCCGAUGGUCUGCAGAGAAUGGUGCCGCUUCUGAAAAAGAACAACCCGAAGUUUCUGGCCAUCACUACAGACUGUUUGCAACUGCUGUCCUACGCCAACCAGGAGAGCAAGCUCAUCAUCCUGGCCAACGGAGGCCCCGAGACCCUGGUGUUCAUCAUGAGAAACUACAACUACGAGAAGCUGCUGUGGACCACCAGCCGAGUGCUCAAGGUGUUGUCCGUGUGCCCCAGUAACAAACCGGCCAUCGUGGAGGCAGGAGGGAUGCAGGCCCUGGGGCAGCACCUGACCGGCUCCAGUCACAGACUUGUCCAGAACUGUCUGUGGACACUGCGCAACCUCUCCGACGCUGCCACUAAACAGGAAGGCCUGGAUGGUCUGCUGCAGAUCCUGGUCACUCAGCUGGGCUCCGAUGAUGUCAACAUGCUGACGUGUGCCACAGGAAUUCUGUCCAACCUGACCUGCAACAACGCACGCAACAAGACCCUGGUGACUCAGUUUGGGGGGGUGGAGGCUCUGAUCCACGCGGUGCUCCGAGCGGGGCAGAAGGAGGACGUGGCCGAGCCUGCAGUGUGCGCGCUCAGGCACCUCACGUCCCGACACCCCGAGGCGGAGCUGGCCCAGAAUGCUGUCAGGCUGCACUACGGCAUCCCCUGUGUGGUCAAACUACUGGGCCAGCCACACUACUGGCCCGUGGUCAAGGCAACUGUCGGCCUCAUACGAAACUUAGCACUGUGUCCAGCCAAUCAGGCCCCUCUCAGGGAGGCGGGAGCUAUCCCCCGAUUGGUCAAUCUGCUGCUAAAGGCACAUCAGGACAUUCAGCGGCACGACUCCUCUCAGCAAACCUACAAGGAUGGCGUGCGUAUGGAGGAGAUAGUGGAGGGCUGCACUGGGGCCCUGCACAUUCUGGCCCGAGAUCCCAUCAACCGAGGCGAGAUCUCCAGCAUGCAGACCAUCCCUCUGUUUGUGCAGCUGCUCUACUCGUACGUGGAGAAUGUGAAGCGUGUAUCUGCUGGUGUCCUGUGUGAACUGGCUCUGGACAAACAGUCUGCAGAGCUCAUCGACGCAGAGGGAGCCUCAGCACCACUCAUGGAGCUGCUGCAUUCCCCCAAUGAGGGCAUAGCCACCUACGCUGCUGCUGUGCUCUUCCGUAUCUCCGAGGACAAGAGUUCGGACUAUAGGAAGAGAGUGUCUGUGGAGCUCACCCACUCGCUGUUCAAGCAUGACCCAGUGGCUUGGGACAUGGCCCAUACUGUGGUCCCUUUGGAGCCCACAUACCUUGCUGAAGAGGUGGCUGUUCCGUACCCGACAUACGGCUACACAGACAUGCCUCUGGACCCUGACCUCCAAGAGCCAUACCUGCCUGACCUGACCUUUGACCCCUGCCAGGCCUACCCACAGCCACUUUAA